GCGAGAUCAGUGUGAAAUCACCCACAAUGCAUUGCGCCAUUUUCUGUCUUGUCACAUGACUACAAACAAAGGCGGAAGUAAAAAGCUAAACAUCAGAUCAGAGCAGAAAAUAUAACGGUGGUGAUGUGAUGGCAGCUGCCAGUGUGAGUCGACCCGGCGGUUUGCUAAACACAGAGAAAUCACAGCUCACCUUAAAAGUGGUAUCAGCGAGGCCUCAGUCUCCGAAGCUCCCAACUCGUCUGGCUCGCGGCAGCUCAUUUGUGGAGGUGACGGCUGACGGUCUGAGCACCGAGACCAAGAAAACCUGCAAACGCAGCGGAAAUGACCUGCAGUGGAACGAAGACCUCACACUUAAUGUGACUCCUCUGAGCCGGUUGGACCUGAAGUUGUGGAGUUGUCACACUCUGAGGAAAGAGCUUCUGGGCAGCGCCACCAUCGACCUGCUGGACACACUGCGCACUCACCAGGGGAAAAUGGAGAACCUGGAGCUCAGUCUGGAGUUACAGAUGGAGAAUAAAGGCUCGGUUGUGUCGGGUGGAGAGCUGAACGUCUGUUUGGACGGCUUGGUUGUUGAUCUGGGAUCACUGCCCAAUCAGGGUGCAGAAGCUGACAAGAUGCUGCCGACGGAUCGUACCCACCUUUUCAGUACUCAGGGCUCAGAGAUGACUGGCUCGAUCAGUAGCCCCCGCAGAAAUCUGAGAGCAGCAAGUGUAGAUUCUCCUGGAGCUUCAAGAGGAACGGUGCUGACUAAUGGAGACACAAACACAGACUCAACACACUAUGACACAGAUAAAGGUAAUCCUCCAGCAGAGGAAAAUGCGUGUGGCCAGAACACACCUCCAUCACCAUCACUCAGACCUGAUGCCCCUCCCAUCGACAUCUCUGCCCCGCCUCCAUCUGCAGAUUCAGCUCCGCCUACACAAGACCAACACACACAGCCAGUAGUGGAGGAUUUACCUGACGGUUGGGAGCAGAGAGUGUUGCCUCAUGGCCGAGUGUACUACGUGGACCACAAUACAAAGACCACCACAUGGGAGAGACCCCUUCCCCAAGGGUGGGAGAAGCGCGUGGAUCAGCGCGGACGCUUUUACUACGUGGACCACAACACGCGGACAACGACGUGGCAGCGGCCCACGGCUGAGUCAGUCAGGAACUUCGAGCAGUGGCAGAGUCAGCGCAGUCAACUCCAGGGGGCCAUGCACCUGUUCAACCAGAGAUACCUGUACCAGUCGUCUGGCGCUCCGGUUGAGAAUGAUCCUCUGGGCACUCUUCCUCCAGGAUGGGAAAAGCGUCAGGACAAUGGCAGAGUUUAUUUUGUCAAUCACAACACACGGACCACACAGUGGGAGGAUCCUCGAACCCAAGGGAUGAUCCAUGAGCCCCCACUGCCCCCUGGCUGGGAGAUGAAGUACACUGCUGAGGGUGUGAGGUACUUUGUAGAUCAUAAUUCUCGCACCACUACCUUCAAAGACCCGCGUCCAGGAUUUGAGUCAGGCUCACGACAGGGUGGAUCACCAGGUGCCUAUGACCGAAGCUUCAGAUGGAAAUAUCAGCAGUUCCGUUUUCUGUGCCAUUCUAAUGCUUUGCCCAGUCAUGUAAAAAUUUCAGUUUCGAGGCAGACUCUGUUCGAGGACUCGUUCCAGCAGAUUAUGAACAUGAAGCCUUACGACCUGCGCAGGAGGCUCUACAUCAUAAUGAGAGGAGAGGAGGGGCUCGACUACGGCGGCAUCGCCAGAGAGUGGUUCUUCCUGCUGUCCCACGAGGUGUUGAACCCGAUGUACUGUCUGUUUGAAUAUGCCGGUAAAAAUAACUACUGUCUGCAGAUAAACCCCGCCUCCUCCAUAAACCCGGACCACCUCACUUACUUUCGCUUUAUUGGUCGCUUUAUCGCCAUGGCUCUGUAUCAUGGGAAGUUUAUCGAUACAGGCUUCACUCUGCCUUUCUACAAGCGCAUGCUGAAUAAAAAACCCACACUGAAGGAUCUGGAGUCCAUCGACCCCGAGUUCUACAACUCCAUCGUCUGGGUCAAGGAAAACGAUGUGGAGGAGUGUGGAGUUGAGCUGUAUUUUGCACAGGACAUGGAGAUUUUGGGGAAGGUGUCCACGCACUCGCUGAAGGAUGAUGGUGAGAACCUGCUCGUCACUCAGGAGAACAAGGAGGAGUAUAUCAGUUUGCUGACAGACUGGCGGUUCUCACGGGGAGUGGAGGAACAGACCAAAGCAUUUCUAGAUGGCUUUAAUGAAGUUGUUCCACUUGAAUGGCUUCGUUACUUUGAUGAGAAGGAGCUGGAGCUGAUGCUGUGUGGGAUGCAGGAGAUUGAUCUGAGUGACUGGCAGAAAAACACCAUCUAUCGGCAUUACACUAAGAACAGCAAACAGAUCCACUGGUUCUGGCAGGUUGUGAAGGAGAUGGACAAUGAGAAAAGGAUUCGACUGCUGCAGUUUGUCACAGGAACAUGUCGGCUCCCUGUGGGAGGAUUCGCUGAGCUGAUCGGGAGUAACGGACCACAGAAGUUCUGCAUCGACAAAGUGGGCAAGGAAACAUGGCUGCCGAGGAGCCACACCUGUUUUAAUCGUCUGGACCUGCCACCGUACAGGAACCUGGAACAGCUGCGCGAGAAACUUCUGUUCGCCAUCGAGGAGACCGAGGGCUUCGGUCAGGAGUGAGCGCAUGAACUGAGGACUCGACACCGAGGUCCUGAAGAUGGGGACAAGACCACAGACCAAUAUACCGCUUUGCACCAUGAACACAGGCUCUUAGCACUCUGACAUGCAUUUACGCUAAUUUACAUCAUAAUAAUAAUACAAUUCUAUUUAUGUAGCAAAAGACCAAACUUUACAGAAUGAAAUGUUUAAAUCACAUAGAAAACAGUAAAGCCUGAAAAAAAAAGCCUUUAAAACCAUCACCAUGGCAACACUUCCUGGACCAAACGCAAAAGAAAAUCUUAGGCUUUGUCCCUUUGAGUCUCCUGUAGGUGGUGCCACAGCCACAGAAUCCCGUUGCCAUGGAAUCAGCAUCACAACCGAUUAAAUAAAACCAUUAUAGAGAUAAAGUCACAAUGAACACGGGAGAGACAGCGAGCCUCAGUCCCACUGACAGAGAGGGGAAAAACUAGUGUACAUAAUUCUCUCACACACACACACACACACACACACUCGUACACACAGAUAGAUCAGGAGUGUGUGGUGCCCUAGCAACCAGCAGUGAACUCAAGUUAAGGGGUGUGCAUGCAGGUGAACCGGGUUAAAUUUACAUGAGUGACUGAGAGAGAGCGUGUGUGUGUGUGUGUGUGUGUGUGUGUGUGUGUGUGUACGCAUGUGUACGCAUGUGUGCGUGUGUGCACGCUGUAAAAAGGAAAUGGCUCAAAAAUAAUUUUAUUCCUAAGUUUUGUAUUUGAUUUGUGUUAAUUGUGAGACAAUGUGUUCCUGUACAGUGUGUGUGUGUGUGUGUGUGAGCAUGAGGGGAGGAGAGUGUGUGAGCGAAAGCAACUGGUGUACAAACGUCCAUAAUUAAACACAGUGUGUACAGAA